AUGUCGUCGGACCUCGAUACGCUGCUGGAGAUGGGCUUCGACAAGUCACGUGCCGAGCUGGCCGUCAAGAAGAGCGGCGGAUUGGAGGGUGCCAUGAACUGGCUGGAAAAGACCCAGGACACCCCCAUCGACGAGCUGCUGGAGGAGGAGAAGGCAGGACCCACGGCCGCCGAGCUGGGCGACGGCCAGGUCGCCAACUCCAUCGUCUGCAACGACUGCGGCAAGAAGUUCCGGAGCCAGGAGCUCGCCGGCUUCCACGCCGAGAAGACCGGCCACGAUGACUUUGCCGAGUCAACCGACGAGAUCGCCCCUCUGACCGAAGAGGAGAGGCAAGCCAGGCUGGCCGAGAUGCGCGCCCGCCUCGCCGAGAAGAGGGCCAAGCAGUCCAUCCAGGACAAGGAAGAGGCCAGAGCGAACGAGAAAAUCCGCCAAAAGGCGACCCGUGAGACCCAGGACGUCAAGGAGGAGCUGCAGAGGAAGGAGCAGAUCAAGGAGGCGGCCCGCAAGCGCCAGGAGAAGCUGGACGACCUCGAGGCCAAGCGCCGCAUCAAGGCCAAGAUCGAGGCCGACAAGGAGGAGCGCCGCCUCAAGGCCGAGGCGGCCAAGGCAGCCCGCGAGGGCCGGCCGGGUCCCGGCGCCGAGGCAUCCGCUGCGCCUGCCGCCGCCGCCGCUCCCGCCGCUGCUCGCCCGACGGCCAACCACACCGAGGCACGCCUGCGGCUGCAGCUCCCGAGCGGCAACGUCAUGAAGACGCUGCCGGCCGAGACGACGCUGUUCGAGGUCGCCCAGAUGCUGCAGUCCGAGAGCGGCGUGACGGUCAACAAGUUCAGCAUGAACUUCCCCCGCAAGGUGUUCGAGGGCGUCGACUUUGGCAAGACGCUGAAGGAGGCCGGUCUCGUGCCCAGCGCGGCCCUGAUUGUGCAGUAA